AUGCAGGAGGUAGAAGACAAGGGAAUGCAGGAGGUAGAAGACAAGGGAAUGCAGGAGGUAGAAGACAAGGGAAUGCAGGAGGUAGAAGACAAGGGAAUGCAGGAGGGAGAAGACAAGGGAAUGCAGGAGGUAGAAGACAAGGGAAUGCAGGAGGUAGAAGACAAGGGAAUGCAGGAGGUAGAAGACAAGGGAAUGCAGGAGGGAGAAGACAAGGGAAUGCAGGAGGGAGAAGACAGGGGAAUGCAGGAGGUAGAAGACAAGGGAAUGCAGGAGGUAGAAGACAGGGGAAUGCAGGAGGGAGAAGACAGGGGAAUGCAGGAGGUAGAAGACAAGGGAAUGCAGGAGGUAGAAGACAGGGGAAUGCAGGAGGUAGAAGACAAGGGAAUGCAGGAGGUAGAAGACAGGGGAAUGCAGGAGGUAGAAGACAGGGGAAUGCAGGAGGUAGAAGACAGGGGAAUGCAGGAGGUAGAAGACAAGGGAAUGCAGGAGGUAGAAGACAAGGGAAUGCAGGAGGUAGAAGACAGGGGAAUGCAGGAGGUAGAAGACAUGGGAAUGCAGGAGGUAGAAGACACGGGAAUGCAGGAGGUAGAAGACAUGGGAAUGCAGGAGGUAGAAGACAGGGGAAUGCAGGAGGUAGAAGACAGGGGAAUGCAGGAGGUAGAAGACAGGGGAAUGCAGAAGGGAAAAGACAGGGGAAUGCAGGAGGUAGAAGACAGGGGAAUGCAGGAGGUAGAAGACAGGGGAAUGCAGGAGGUAGAAGACAGGGGAAUGCAGGAGGUAGAAGACAGGGGAAUGCAGGAGGUAGAAGACAGGGGAAUGCAGGAGGUAGAAGACAGGGGAAUGCAGGAGGUAGAAGACAAGGGAAUGCAGGAGGUAGAAGACAAGGGAAUGCAGGAGGUAGAAGACAGGGGAAUGCAGGAGGUAGAAGACAAGGGAAUGCAGGAGGUAGAAGACAAGGGAAUGCAGGAGGUAGAAGACAAGGGAAUGCAGGAGGGAGAAGACAGGGGAAUGCAGGAGGUAGAAGACAGGGGAAUGCAGGAGGUAGAAGACAGGGGAAUGCAGGAGGUAGAAGACAGGGGAAUGCAGGAGGUAGAAGACAGGGGAAUGCAGGAGGUAGAAGACAGGGGAAUGCAGGAGGUAGAAGACAGGGGAAUGCAGGAGGUAGAAGACAGGGGAAUCCAGGAGGAAUCACCAACCCUGCAUGAGAAGCUGGCUGAUAAGGAGAACCAAAACUCCAUCAGCCUUACCGGAUCCCUCACCAACAGGAUCAUCGCUCAGGAGCCAGACGGCGAAAUAGACCGAAGUGAAAUAAGAGAAAUCAAGAGAAGAAUCUCAGAAUCUCAGCCCAAAAGGACGAGCUGGACCGUCUAA